AUGCACGGAAAUAGCAGCAAAACCUCUGGCACCAACGCGAAAUUCUGCUUUCUACCUGCGGUGACUGCAAACAUCACGAGCCGUCGAGAAAUCGAACUUCGGCAUUCAAGCGCAAGGUCGCAUCUGGCCAGAUCAUUACACGAACGCAGAAAAGUCGGCACCAAGCCCCCUCGAAAUGUUGAGGAUAUCGAUGCAACAGGAAAGAGUCCACCCAGGCGCCGACCAGUUGUAAAGGAUGUCGGCGUGAGAAACAUUAGCCAGCGUGUACUAUCAGCGCAAUACAACCUCCGUGCAAUGCCCGAAGUAAUAGUAGACUCACACACCAACAUGCUGUUACACUACUGCACGCAAUUCUUCUGGCCAGGAUUCGAGAUGGGCUCAGCGGCGUUUCAUUUCCCGCCUUUUGCAGUCGACUACAACGCUCUCGUGUCUCAAGGGCCGGCUCUGGUUCACGCAGUUCUCUGGCAAGCUGCUGUAAGCCAAGCUAUCAGACGAAACUCCAGGAUCACCGACACGUCCAGCCUGUGGCAUUAUAAUCAAGCAAUUAGCUACAUAUCACGAGAUAUCUCAAAGCCUGUGUCAGAGAUCCCGGAGCAGACUAUGUAUGCUAUUCUAAGUCUCACUGGCUCUGAGAUAACGCCAGAUAGUGAGAAUAUCAUCACCAAGAGAGCUUUCGACCCUCCUUUGGCAGAACUGUCGUGGAUCCAUGUUUUCGGCAGCAGGUUGCAUAUAGACACUCAUGCCAAGGCUCUCAUGAGACUGGUCGACCUCAAGGGCGGAAUUCACAACCUCAAGGUCGCAGGCUUCCAGGCUUCUUACAAUUAUAUGGAUCUUACACGGGGUAGUCAAAGACUUAUCAAGCCACACUUGCCUGUUUCUCGCAUCUAUAGUCGGGUCAAGGAAACGCACGAGAGAGCCAAGUUCUUCGGCUAUGCUGCAUAUUUCGCUCACGAGGCUGAUUUUGAAGAUUCGCCAGGACAUAUUCUCACACUGAGCGGGCUUGGGCUAUCCGUUGAGUUAAGAGAAGUCAUGUAUGAUAUGAGGACCUGGGUCAAGAUUAUUGAAGCCCAUCAGUGUGGAUACCUUCGCGCCUCUGAUCAUUCCCUUCUCGCUGCUCACCGCGACCUCAUCCAGCAGCGACUUCUUGCUACUCUUCCUGAAGAACACGAUGGUGCAAUGAUUAUAAUGGCCGAGGAGAAAGAAGACGGCCAGGAUGAAAUUAUUUCGUGGAUUAACAAGCUAGUCCAAACCGCCUUGUUGAUCUUUUCCCUUGGUGUGACGUUCCCCAUUACAUACGCACCGCCCUACCAUCGACUGGCAAAGCGUCUUCGACACCAAAUUGAGCAUCACAGGGCGCACGCAAUUGACCUGGGUUUAUCUGACUUCCUGAUAUGGCUCGGGAUGCUGGGUGUUCUUUGCGCUGAGCAGGUAGGCGAUGGCCAGAGAGAGUGGUAUCUCCAGCAUUUGAUCACUAUUGAAGAGAAGCGUACCAGCACUCGGAAGUUCAGAGACUGGGAAAUGGUGAGACAAGAGUCUCUCGAGCCCUUCCUCUGGUCUACCAUAUCAUGUGAUACUGCGGCAAAAGUGAUUUGGGGUGAGGUUCAAGAGCGAAUGCAAAAGAGGUCUCGGAGUUGGGAGACAAUUGCCUGGCCCAAUAUGCUAGGUACUUUAUGCGGAUAG